AUGCUUGCCUCGAGAAAGCGCCCCGCGCCGCUGCUGCUGCUCGUCCUGCUGGCCCUCGCCGCCAUCUGCUACCACAGCAGAGACACACACCACAUAUAUACCCAAUGGCUGUCGUCGGUCGAGUCGCGCCCCACCAAGCUUCCAACAAACAGAACUUUAGGUUUCGGCGCCGUGGUAGUCGUCUCCAAGGAAGGUUCCUCCCGUCGACACCGCCUGAUCCAGGCCGCCAACGUCACCGACUUUGACCUCACCAUCCCCGCCCAGCCCGAGUGGACAGAGGGCGACAUCCAGCGCUUCAUCAACGGCCAGCCCGACGCCCAAAAGGGCUCUGUUCUCGGCUGGCUGGGCCAUCACAACGCCCUGCGCUGGUUCCUGGAUUCGGAUCUGGAGACGGCCCUCAUCCUCGAAGACGACGUCGACUGGGACAUUCGCCUGCGCAGCAUCCAGAUCCCGCUGGCUGCAAGCGUCACCCGCCAGCUUCUUCCGCCAGCUCGCUCACGCCAGCCCCACGCUAGCCGCAACGCCAACCACUCGCAGUACUGGGGCGACCACGAAGCAUGGGAUGUUCUCUAUCUCGGCCACUGCGGCGACUACUUUGACGUCAUCGAAAAGAACGGCCCCAAGACGGAUCGUCAGUCGUACAACCUGAGCACAACUCCCCAUAAGCUCUACCACGACCCUACGCUUCCGCCAUGGCUGGACCUGCAUCCGUUUACCCAGUCUCUCUUCCGCCUCCUGGGCAUGCCCGAGCGAACCCGCGUGAUGCACCGUUCAAAACUACCCCUCUGCUCCUUUGGAUACGCCGUAAACCGCCUCGCUGCCGAGCGCCUGCUCAACGAUCUCGCCCCGCCCAAGCUCAGAAAGGGCGGCCCGCGCGCCUUUGACGUUGCCCUCCUGCACUCGUGCAACAAGGGCGAAAACACGCCCUCACCUACGCCCGACUGGCAGAAGCCCAAGAAUCCCCUCGAUCCCAAACAGCGAAGCAAAUACCCCAGCCCUGGCCUGCGCUGCUGGACACUGAACUCGGAGCUCUUCCAUCAUAUGCCUGGUCUCAGCGAAAUCGACAUGAUUGGCGCCCUCGCCGGCGAGAUGCACGAUCUGCCUCCAGUAGACCGCGCCGCCCAAACCCAAGUCUACGAUCGAAACGAAACCACCAACAUUGACUGUGGAUUCUGGAGUGGCGCCUUUGCUUUUGACGAAGACGACAAGGACCGCCUCCACUAUCUGCAGCAAAAGGUUGGGCGAGAAGGUGUUUGUCUCAAAGACCGAGAACAUCGAAAUAUCUACUAUGCUCCACAAACAGCCUUUGAACCCGUCAGAGCAACCCACCGGUAACCCACCAUGUACAUAUUAGAUUUCAUCACGAGCACACUUAUUGGCCCAACACGCAAAAGGACAGAUGAUUACGGCGUUGACAGGGGCACAAAGUCACCGGCUAUGAAUUGGACGGGCGUCUAUGGCUUUUUUUUUUCUUCACUUAUCCAAGGGCAAUUUUGCAUGACAGUGAUUCUAGCAAUCACGUUGGAACGGGGCAGAUGCGUAUGGCAGGUCUAACCAGCGCACCCUUGGUUUUUUUUCUUUUGUUUUCAGUUUCUCUUUGCCUCUAGGAGCCCCCCGAUACCAAUACCGUUUACGCAAAAC